GGAGGAGGAGUGGUUUGAUCCGGGUCAGACCAACAUGGCGGCAGCAGCGAUGUGGAGGAAAGUUCAACUUCUCAGACCAGUGAAGGUUUAUUCUGUUAGCACGUCAUGGUUCCACCGUGCGGCGGUUCUCCAGUCGGCUCCUCCGGGUCCUUCAGGGUUCUUCCCAGCGGUUGAAGGUUCCAUGCUGCCGUCAGGAACCUUCACCAACAAAGUGGCGUUUAUCACCGGAGGGGGAACCGGACUGGGCCGGGCCAUGACCCAGAACCUGUCCCAGCUGGGGGCGCAGUGUGUCAUCGCCAGCAGGAAGUUGGACGUUCUGCAGAAAACAGCCGACGAGAUCAGCAGCCAGACGGGCAACAAGGUCCAUGUGGUCCAGUGUGAUGUCAGAGAUCCGGAGGCGGUCUCUCGGUGUGUCGACCAGAUGGAAACUCUGACGGGACUCCCUGAUGUGAUCAUCAACAACGCGGCGGGAAACUUCGUGUGUCCGUCAGAACGUCUGUCGGCGAACGCCUGGCGGAGCAUCACCGACAUCGUCCUCAACGGGACGGCGUUCGUCACCCUGGAGGUCGGCAAGAGGCUGAUCCAGAGCCAGAGAGGUGCGACCUUCCUGGCCAUCACCACCAUCUACGCCGAGUCCGGUUCUGGUUUCGUGGCGCCCAGUGCGGCGGCGAAGGCCGGAGUCGAGGCGCUCUACAAGUCUCUGGCGGCGGAGUGGGGUCGCUACGGCAACAGGUUCAACAUCAUCCAGCCUGGACCAAUCAGAACCAAGGGGGCGUUCAGCCGUCUGGACCCGACCGGCAACUUUGAGAAGGCGAUGAUUGGUCGGAUCCCGACGGGUCGACUGGGAACGCCGGCAGAGAUCGCCAACCUGGCGGCGUACAUCAGCAGCGACUUCGCCUCCUGGAUGUCUGGAGCGGUGAUUCGGUUCGAUGGCGGCGAGUACGUCUCCAUGGCGGGAGAAUUCAACGAGCUGCGCCAGGUGACCCCGGAUCAGUGGAACGUCAUGGAGGCGAUGAUCAGAGGAACCAAAGGAUCCUAAACAACCAAUCAGAUCACUGAACACAGAGCUGGACCCGCCCACCUGCUGAUGUCACUGGGAAUCACUUUUAUUGAUCUGUGAUGAUUGAAAAACAGCUGUUAGCCUGUUAGCCUGUGGUCAUUGUGAACACUGUGAAGAAUAAACAAACUGUUUGUGUUGUUUAAAGACGACGUUUUGUUUUUAUUAGAUUUGUUUUUAUUACAGAUUUGUAAUUACAGUGUGUUCAUAAAUCAUCUUCAGUUGUUAACCUGAAAGUCGUAUUUUACAAAAUGAACACAAAUGUAUAACUUCACAGACAACCGUACAAGGAGAAUGAUUUAUUUUUUUUAAAAAGGUGAAUAAAAAAGUUGUUAAUAAUUAUUUUCUACAUGUUCUAAGACCAGUCUGAUGUCAUGGGGUCCUUUUUGACCACAGGUAUGAUUUUUUUAAACUUUUAUUUCCUGUCAUCUAAAAAUAAACAAAGUUUUGCUAAAAGUUGACAUCAUCUA